UCACUAACUGCUCGGAGUUCCCUCCAUUUCCCUCUUGCUCUUCAGAUCGCAACCCACAGAGACAAACCAUCGAACACUUUCAUUUCCAGCAGUCACCAACGUCAGCGGAGCCAAAAGGCACGUUCAUGGCCGCUUCCGUAGCCGUGCAUCCGGGCAGGUUCAGGGCCCUGAAGACGGGGUCGGGGCCGGCAGAGGGAGGGCCGGUCGUGUACUGGAUGUUCAGGGAUCAGCGGGUGAGGGACAACUGGGCCUUGAUCCACGCCGUCGAUCAGGCCAACAGGGCAAAUGUGCCGGUGGCAGUGGCGUUUAAUCUGUUCGACCAGUUUCUGGGGGCAAGAGCCCGGCAGCUUGGGUUCAUGCUGAGAGGGCUGAAGCAGCUGCAAAGAGACAUCGAAGAAACUCUCAAGAUCCCAUUUUUCUUGUUUCAGGGAGAAGCCGAAGACACUAUCCCGAAUUUUCUUAAAGAAUGUGGGGCUUCACUUUUGGUUACAGAUUUUACCCCUCUACGUCAAAUCCGCAAGUGCAAGGAGGUAAUCUGUUCCAGAGUCAGUGAUCGGGUGUCAAUCCAUGAAGUUGAUGCCCACAAUGUGGUCCCUAUUUGGGUGGCGUCUGAUAAGUUGGAGUACAGUGCUAAAACAAUUCGGGGGAAGAUCACUAAAUUGCUUCCCCAGUACCUAAUUGAUUUCCCGAUCCUCCAACCCCCAGAUAAAAAAUGGGAUGGUUCUAGUCGGCUGAUUGACUGGGAUAGUCUCAUUGCCCAAGUCAUCAGCAAAGGGGCAGAUGUCCCAGAGCUUGACUGGUGUAUUCCCGGUGAAAGUGCUGCUCUUGAAUUACUGAAAGGAAAGGAGAACGGGUUUUUGACGAAGAGGUUGAAAAACUAUUCUAGUGAUAGAAACAAUCCGUUGAAACCGCGUGCCCUCUCCGGACUAUCUCCUUAUCUCCAUUUUGGGCAGAUAUCUGCACAGAGGUGUGCUUUAGAGGCAAAAAGAGUGAGACAACUUUAUUCUCAGGCUGUUGAUACGUUCCUUGAGGAGCUGAUUGUGAGGAGGGAACUCGCUGACAACUACUGUUUCUAUCAGCCUCAUUACGAUUCUCUAAAGGGGGCAUGGGAAUGGGCAAGGAAGAGCUUGCUGGAACAUGCCAAUGACGAGAGAGAACAUGUUUACACGAGGGAGCAGCUGGAGAAAGCUCAAACAGCUGAUCCUCUGUGGAAUGCUUCUCAGUUGGAGAUGGUGCAUUAUGGGAAGAUGCAUGGUUUUAUGCGGAUGUAUUGGGCGAAGAAGAUUCUUGAGUGGACUAAAGGACCUGAGGAAGCCCUUGAAAUAUGUAUCUAUUUAAAUGAUAAGUAUGAAGUAGAUGGGAGAGAUCCAAAUGGGUACGUGGGCUGCAUGUGGUCUAUAUGCGGGGUGCAUGAUCAGGGUUGGAAAGAGCGGCCUGUAUUUGGGAAAAUACGGUACAUGAACUACGCAGGUUGUAAGAGGAAGUUCGAUGUAGAUGGAUACGUCUCGUACGUCAAGAGGUUAGUCAGUGAAAUGAAGAAAAGGAAGGCUGAGGCUUCCUUGGAUAAGAAGCCAAUGAAGGAAUCGCGGAGCUAGCAGCAGAGCCUUGUCAAGGCUGUUCUUUUGUGACUGUAAUAUCCAGAAUUGGUCCAAACUGUAGGAGACAUGGUUAUUUCGAUGCAAGAUAUGUAAUAUGUAUCUGUAAUUGGGACGCCAAAAAAAAAAAAAAAGCAUAACAUUUUGAAUGAAACCGAAAGAUAAAAAAAAA